AUGAGGAAUGGAACAUGUCUGGAAUGUAUUGCUGGCUUUCAUGGACCUAGAUGCAAUUUAAAAUGUUCUCAAGGCUGCACUAAUAGAAUCUGCAUAAGAGAUGGUUCAUGCACGAAAUGCAUUUCAGACUUUUACGGAGAAAACUGCAACAUAUCGUGUAAACAAGGAGCUUUUUUGAGGAAUAACACAUACUCCUGCAUAGAUAACGUUGCAGGCUUUCAAAAUCAUGAAACUGAAACAGAUGGUAUCAGCCCUGGCCUUACUGUAGUAGCAACAUUUAUUGGGUUUGUGGCUGGACUAAUCAUUUCUUUGAUUGGAGUAUACAUCUGGAAACGUCAAUUAUUUAAGCAUGGAAAUGAAAAUAUAGACAUGGCCACCUCGACAGGAGACACCAUCAAUGGUGGUUUGACUUUUUCACCUGAACAAGACGUUGAGCGGUUAGUUCAGGACGAAAGAAGAAACAGCUCGGACCAAACGGUGUACGACAUGUGUGAAACUACUUUUGUCCAACAUGGUACGAGCGAAGAUGCGUAUAAUGAGCCCAAUGAGGAUAGCCACAAUUAACGAAUCAAGAAAGGCACAGCUUGUACGUCAGUGGAUAUCAAUAGCUGAUUGUUGCAUUUGUAACAAUAUAUGCACUAUUUGUAUUUUUUUUUAAAUACAUUGAGCCCUCAUCGUUCAAUACUCCCGUUAAGGAUCAAACGUUAACAAUAAGCGCUAAAAUUAUGUGUUAUCGUUAAAUUAUCUAAACGCUGACACACAUCAGUUCCGGUUAGUGUAAGUUUUCUUAGGAUUUUAGAACUAUUGGGAAUUGAAGUUUUUAAAUAUUUCCAUAAUGAUAUUUAUGCGAAAAACUACAGAAUGAGUCCAAUGUUCAUUAUCUCUAUGUAUUAAUAAAGAAAUUUACAGCCAGCAGAUUGAAUUACGUGUAGUUAAGAACCUAGAAAAAUUCAUAUCAAAUAUGGGCAUUCAUUUGCAUAUGUAUAUUUGUUUUAAUAACAAAUGUGUUUGUUUCAUAAGGGUAAUGAAUACUUAACACAAAUAUUAAUGUUUUUAUAUCA